AUGUCGCAUGCCAUCUCUCAAACAUCCAGGAUGUCCCAGAGUGGAUGUCCUUCAGGUCUUUCGGCAGACAAAAAUAUCUCUUCAAGUGCCACUCAAGUGAUAGUGAAGACUGCAGGCAACAAGAAAGACUUUAUGGUAGCUGAUGACAUCUUGGUGAGGCAGUUCACGGAGAUGCUAUUGGCUCACUUCCAAUGCCAAAUGGACCAACUAGUGCUGGUCUUCAUGGGCCGCCUUCUCAAAGACCAUGAUACACUGAGCCAGAGGGGCAUCAUGGAUGGCCACACCAUCUACCUGGUCAUCAAGUCCAAGCAUGGCUCCAGAUCUCUAGCCCAUUCCUUCCAGGAUCUGCCAACGAAUGAUCCCUGCCACUGGGACAGAAACACUGAAGGAAACAGCAGCGGGGUGCACCAACCAACUGGUAUGAAUCAAGCUCCAGUAGAAUUGGCCCACUUUGUGGGGCCUGAUGCACCCAAAGUGCAUACCCAGAACUUGGAAGUGAGCCAUCCAGAGCACAAAGCACAGAUGCUGGAGAAUCCUAGCAUCCAGCGGCUUCUGUCCAACAUGGAGUUCAUGCGACAGUUCAUCUCAGAACAUUUAGACACUCAACAAUUGAUGCAGCAGAACCCAGAAGUUUCCCACCUUCUUGACAAUUCUGAGAUCCUAUGGCAGACUCUGGAGCUGGCUAGGAACCUUGCUAUGAUCCAAGAGAUAAUGCAGAUCCAGCAACCUUCACAAAACCUUGAGUAUCCACUGAACCCACAGCCGUAUCUGGGCUUAGAGACAAUGCCAGGUGGGAAUAAUGCCCUGGGUCAGAACUGUGCUGACAUUAAUGAUCAAAUGCUGAACAGUAUGCAAGAUCAUUUUGGAGGAAACCCUUUCACAGGUCUCCUGGCCAGACAAGUCCAGUCUUCACCUCCACCUUCACCACCAUCCCAGGAACGACAAGACCCUCCACAGCAUCCUGCAACCCGAGUCAUCUAUAAUAGCUCUGGUGGUUUAUCUUCAAACACCUCACCCAGUGACACCCCUAACAAGGUCAACCACACUUCCAAGGCCAACACUGCUAUGAUCUCCACCAAGGGCCAGAGCCAUGUCUGUGCCACUCGGCAGCCAGCUGGGAUACCAGCCUUACCUAGCAUAGAGCUUACCCAGCAGCUUCAAGAAGAAUACAAGGAUGCCACUGUUUCUCUAAGUAGCUCCAGACAGAUAUUAGAGGGUGAUCUCCAGCUGUCAGAUGAACAGACCAGCUCCCAGAUCACAGGAGGCAUGAUGCAGUCGCUUAUGAACACCCCCUGCCUGGCAGCUCAGAUUAUGUUGUUCAUGAGUAUGCCUCAGCUGAGUGAACAGUGGAGGCAGCAGCUGCCCACAUUCCUGCAGCCAACACAGAUUUCUGAUCUGCUUAUUGCUUUAGCCAACCCUAAAGUAUUCCAAGCAAUAUUGCAGAUUGAGCAGGGCCUCCAGCUGCUGGCCACAGAGGCUCCUGUUCUUCUGCCUUGGGUUGCACCUUACCUAUGGGGCCUGGGUUGGCUUUCUGUCCCCAGCUGCAGCUAUCCUGACACAGUGCCCUGUUCCUGGAAUGUUUCAGAUAUACCUGAGCCUAAGGGACCUUAGUGCUGCUACAAACCUGGAACAGUCCUGCAGAGGCUACAAUCCCCAGAUGGGGACCCUUCCCACCCUCAGCAAGCUCCUGAGAUUCAUUUUAGCAAACAGAUGGAAUCUCUCCAGGCCCUGGAAGCUGGGAACCACCAUGCCAAUCUACAGGCACUCAUUGCUACUGAAGGGAACACCAAUGCUGCUACCCGCAAGCUCAAGGGAUCCCAGAGAUUCUAA